AUGAAAUCCAUUGCUAAGAUUGUACUCUUCGUUGUAACUCUGGCUUCUGCUCUUCCUCUCAAUAAGGUACAAUUUUUUUGAUCUACCGAGUUUUCAUUUCACAGUAUACUUUUUUUUGAGACAGAAGAAGGUCAACCAAAAAUUAAAGCUGAAACCGAAGGAAGUAUUUUCGAAUCGCAAAUUUUUUGGUUCUUUGUAGUACUUUUUGUCAUCAUCUGUGCAUUGGCUUCGGAAUUGUAUUGCUGGUUGAAUGGAAAAAGACAGUGAGUUAAAAUAUUUUGAAAUUUUUAUAAUUUUUCAAAUGAUUUUUAGAACUCCCUACUAUCUUCCAAGACAUGGAAUCCCUCCACGUUUCAUCUGA